AUGGCGAACCCAAACCAUCUUGAGCCUUCUGAGCUCGGCACAAAAGAAUACUGGGACAACCUCUACACCCGCGAACUAUCCAACAACGAAGCAGACCCCACCGAUAUUGGCACAGUAUGGUUCGACGACUCGGACGCCGAGCAAAAGAUGCUACAGUUCCUACGGCUCCUAGCAAGCGAUGCCGACGAGCAGGACUCGGACGACGAAGACGACGACCCUGCCAACUUUGACCUGCCCGAUAUCACACUCUCCCGCGAGACCACGUCGUUCCUCGACCUCGGAACCGGCAACGGAUCUCUUCUCUCUUCGCUAGCUACACAUAACUUCUCCGGCCCGCUUCACGGAAUCGACUACUCACCGCAGAGUGUUGCUCUGGCGCGCAAAAUCGCAGAAGCAAAGGGCCAACCGAUAACAUUUACAACAUGGGACCUGCUUGCAGGACCGAUGGAAGACGCAUUUGGCGACCAAAAGGACGGCUAUGACGUGCUUCUUGAUAAGGGGACAUUCGAUGCCAUUUCUCUCUCGGCUGCAACGAAUGAAAGCGGCCAGCGAAUCAUGGCUGGCUAUAGACCGCGCGCAACAGGAACUACAAGGCUGGUUUGUUAA